GAGAGGCCAGCCCCCCCCAGUUAAAUGUCAACAGCGGCCAUGUGAAGUGCGAAUACAUCGAAGCCGGACGAGUGUAAACAUCUGGCCGUGUGUACAGUUAUUGAAAAACGCCGAAAAAAUCGAAGAAGGACUGAUAUUCCGUUCAGAUAUGGUUUUCUGAAAGUAGCUCCUGUACAAUAAUUCGCUAUGUUGGAAGGCUACACUCCACUCGUCCAGGCUCUUUUUGGAACUCUUUUCACAUGGGCUGUCACUGCAGCGGGGGCCUUGACUGUAGUAUUUUUCAAAGGGACCCAGCCAAAGCUACUAGACGGUAGUUUAGGUUUUGCAGCUGGAGUCAUGACUGCUGCUUCCUACUGGUCUCUGUUAGCCCCUGCAAUUGAGAUGUCUGAAGGGCCAUAUGCAUUCAUUCCAGCCUGUGUUGGGUUUCUACUUGGUGCUGGUUUCACAUUUGCGGCUGAUAUUAUCAUAUCGAAAAUGGGCAUUGAGUCACCAAAUUUGCUUCUAGCCAGUAUUACCAUGGAUAUAAAAAAGAUGGAUGACAUUGUAUCAAGGCAUAGAAACGAAAGCACUAUUUGCGAAUCUUGUAGAGUACGUAGAGCCGAAGUUACAGAAAGCAGUUUAGAAGAGGGAAAUGUGCAUGCGCCAAUGACUGGUAUAGGAAGCGUGGCAAGGAAAAGAGGGCAAGUAACAACUAGACAUCCUAAACCAGAGAUGAAGCCUCAUGACGCAAGACUGCAAUGGAAGCGCAUACUACUCCUCAUUAUUGCAAUAACAGUACACAACAUCCCUGAAGGUCUUGCAGUCGGUGUCGCUUUCGGAGCACUUGGAAACAACAAUUCGACAACUUUCAAAUCUGCCAGGAACUUGGCGAUCGGAAUUGGAAUUCAGAACUUCCCGGAGGGCCUCGCCGUGAGCCUCCCACUGAAAGCAGCCGGUUUCUCAACGCUGUCGAGCUUCUGGUAUGGUCAAUUGAGCGGUAUGGUCGAGCCCGUGUUCGGCCUGGUCGGCGCUAUCCUCGUGUCAGCGGCGCAGCCCAUCCUGCCGUACGCCAUGGCUUUCGCAGCAGGUGCGAUGAUCUACGUCGUCGUCGACGACAUCAUCCCGGAAGCGAAUACGAAAGGUAACGGCAGUCUAGCGAGUUGGGGCGCAAUUUUUGGUUUCAUGGUGAUGAUGAUGCUCGAAGUUGGCUUGUCGUCGUGACGAAGAUCGUCCAUCUGCAAAUCGAGAAAUUACUGCACAGAACCCGGAUCGACCGGUGCCAACACCAAAGACUUUCAUACCCGGAUGGCGGACAUCCCGAUUCGAGUGGCCUUCACGUCUAUUAUCCUCGAUUUUCUUUUGUUUACGUAAUGAUUUAAAUAACCGUUGAAUUUCCCUUUUAUCAAUUAUAAGUAUUUGAAAUUAUGUACUUAGUUCUUGUACUAGAGCUAGUCGCUACGCAGGACUACGGUUUUACCGUGUUUUAAAUAAAACACUUCUUCGUA